UCAGGACUACCCGGGGAUGAAAACAUCGACAAGGAAUUGGAAGAUGAACUUGAUAGAAAAAACCUUGAAGAUAUUAAAGAAGAAGUGCUUCCAACACCCGCUCAAAUUUCUAACCAUGAAGACAUGGAAAGCAACUUCCAAGAGGAAGAAGAAUCCUGUGCAUCCUCACCCCAACAAAAUUCAUUUUCGCCGACGUUUAAAGAACCAUUGUGCGAAAAUGUUCAAAUAAAGACUGAACAAACUUGUAACAAUUCUUGCUAUGGACUAUCUUCCAAAGAGGAGCCUUCUGCCUUGUCCUCGCCACCACCUCCAUCGUCGACAUCGCUGACAGCUUUAUCAUCGACGUCAGCGAUUUCAACUUCAUCGACAUCGUCAUCAUCAUCACCACCAUCAUCAUCGUCAUCCUCAUCAUCAGUACUAUUGUCAUCAUCGGUGUCUGUCACUUCUCCAAAGUGUGAAAUCCUUCGACUUGUUAAAGGUGCGGGAGAUGAUUUACAAGUGUGUUGCACCAUUCCAUUACCUAAGAACAGUUGUUUGGGACCAUUCUGUGGAGACAUAGCUAGCAAUGAAGAAUCUUGUGAUACAUUGCUUGAGUUUACUGAACACAGUGGAAAAACUGUGUGUGUAAGAUUAUUAGAAGAAUCUGCAUCUUGGUUAAAAUUAUUAUCAAAACCUGUCGAUAUGCCCAAGAACUGUAUUGUGUUUUAUGAAGCCGGUCGUAUUUGGUGCAAACUAAUUGUAGAUUUAAUAUCUGAAUCUGCUCUUGUUGGCUCAUUCACAUUCCUAUCCAGUAAAAGCCAAUCUCCGAAGAUUUAUCCAACUGGAGACAAAGAGAAAGCUUCUCCAACGACACCAAUUUCAAAUCUCCCUGCAGUUACUGGUGCUGCAGCGAUCAAGAAGGAAGAAACUGACUGUUCCAAGCAUGCCAUCAGUCUACCAGGUUCCAAUACAGAGAUACCGGUUUUCUCCGGUAAGUCGGUGUUUUAAUUAUCUUUCUCAUUU